UUAUCGACAAUAUGUAAUAUAAUUCUCAAAAAUCUAAAUAAACAUGUUACAAGUUUUACUUGAAUCUCAAAUCUAAAUUUUCGUUCAAAAAAAAAAAAAAAUCUAAAUUUGCAAUAUGAGAUGGUCCAUUUUGUCACCCUAUUUUACCGCCAACCAUUUCUUAGCCUAAUUAAUUUUCAAACUAAAGAUCUAGAGAAGUUCUUAUGUGAUUUUAGAGUUAACUAGAAGAAUUCAUUCUUUUAUUUUUUAAUCAAAGAAGAUUUCUAUUUUUGUACCAUUGAAUUUAUAGUUGAAGUAUUAAUAUUUUUGAACCCACCACACGUUUUCUACCUAGGAAUGUACUCUAUAAAUACAUAAGUACCCUCUUAAGGAGUCAUAAUUCCAUCACAGCUAAACAUUGCUAAUUUUUUUUACUAACCAUUUGCUAAUUAUAUUUAACCUCGCUAAAUUAAUUUGGAAAAGGAUUAACUAGACUUAGAAAGUUAGACCAUAAUAGUACCAUAUUAUUAUUGUUUUUUUUGUCACAUAAUAGUACCAUAUUAUAACUGUACCAAAAAAAGAAAAAAACCAUAUCAAUAUAAUGGAGCAACCCCAGUUAUUGUCUAAGAUAGCCACAGGCAAUGGACAUGGUGAAAAUUCUCCAUACUUUGAUGGAUGGAAGGCUUAUGAAAAUGACCCUUUUCAUCCAACAAAUAAUCCUAAUGGGGUUAUCCAAAUGGGUCUUGCAGAAAAUCAGGCAUGUAAUUAAUUGCCAACUUCAACUUGUUAAUUUGAUUAAUUAAUUUUCAUAAAAACACAACAAAAAAAAAAUACUAAUUUUAUUUGUUGGUUCAAUUAUUAUUUGCAUUUUCAGCUUGCUUCUGAUUUGGUUCAAAAUUGGAUAACAAGUAAUCCAGAGGCUUCUAUUUGCACUUCUGAAGGAGUGCAUCAAUUCAAGGCCAUGGCUAAUUUUCAAGAUUAUCAUGGUUUGCCACAAUUUCGACAAGCUGUGGCUAAAUUCAUGGGAAGAACAAGAGGGAAUAGAGUUUGUUUUGAUCCUGCCAGAAUUGUUAUGAGUGGUGGAGCAACUGGAGCACAUGAGGUUACAGCCUUUUGUUUGGCAGAUCCUGGUGAUGCAUUUUUGGUGCCUACCCCUUAUUAUGCAGGUUUUGACAGAGAUUUGAAAUGGAGAACAGGAGUUGAACUUGUUCCAGUCAUUUGUAAAAGCUCCAACAAUUUCAAGCUAACAAGAAAAGCCUUAGAAGCAGCAUUUGAAAAAGGCAAAGAACAAAACAUCAAAAUAAAAGGUUUACUUGUUACAAAUCCAUCAAAUCCUUUAGGAACAAUCAUGGACAAAGAAACACUAACAACAUUAGUAAGUUUCAUCAAUGAAAAACAUAUCCACCUAAUAAGUGAUGAAAUAUAUGCUUCAACAGUUUUUUGCCACCCAAGUUUCAUAAGCAUAGCUGAGAUAAUAGAAGACGCAAACAUCGAAUGUAACCGUAACCUUAUUCACAUUGUUUAUAGUCUUUCAAAAGAUAUGGGAUUUCCUGGCUUUAGAGUUGGUAUAAUAUAUUCAUACAAUGAUGAAGUUGUUAAUUGCGCUCGCAAAAUGUCGAGUUUUGGAUUAGUCUCUUCGCAGACGCAAUAUCUUAUUGCGUCGAUGCUUUCUGACGAUGAAUUUGUGGAUAAGUUUGUUGUAGAAAGUGCAAAGAGACUUGCUAAAAGAUAUGGAAUUUUUUGUAGAGGUUUAGCACAAGUUGGUAUAAAGUGUUUGCAAAGUAAUGCUGGUCUUUUUCUAUGGAUGGAUUUGAGGUGUCUUUUGAGGAAACAAACAUUUGAUGAAGAAAUGAAACUAUGGAAAGUGAUUAUUCAUCAAGUUAAGAUUAAUAUAUCACCUGGUGUUUCUUUUCAUUGUAGUGAACCAGGGUGGUUUAGGGUGUGUUAUGCAAAUAUGGAUGAUAGAGAUGUUGAAGUUUCUUUGACAAGAAUUCGCGCUUUUGUGAGGCGAAAUAAGGCUGAAAUGGUGGCUGCGAAGAAUCGUUGUAGUCGGAGAAACUUGAGGCUAAGUUUCUCAUUUAGAAGUUUGGAUGAUUUUUUGAUAUCACCUCAUUCUUCUAUUACUCAUUCUCCUAUUGUGAAAGCCACCACUUGCUGAAUUCAUACAAAGUUUAUUUUUCUUUCUCUCUUUGUAGGCUUUGGUAUCAUUGAGAGUUUUUCUGAUUAGUUUUUAAUCUAGUUCUUUAUCUGUUAUUGAUGGUGUUAAUCUUUGUUGUAUUAAUUUGGUUUGACUAUAGGAUUUGUUUAUUUGACAAUAG